GGAAAGAGUUUAAAGGAUUUUAUUCCAAUUGACUGUUAUGUUCAAAUAAGAACAGAACAGAGUAUUACUAUAGUAUAUACAACUUAUAUUUCAAGAGAAAUGAAAUGUUAUGUGCCAGGUCCCAACGUAAAAGUUUUAGGAAGAACUAUACAUGCAUUAGCCAGAUUCGGAGAUGAACUAUAUUUGGAAUCCCUAGUAGAUUGUCUACGAUUAAGAACAUUAAAUACUGCAGAAUCAGCUUAUGCUAUGGUUAAAUUUAAUAAAAACUUUUUUUCAUAUUUUAACUACAAUUAUAACACAAAUGGCGAUAAUGAAGGUCCUAGAUGUAAAAUAUCGAUGAAGUCUGCUCUAAAUACUUUCAAAUCACCAGCUCAUAUGGAUAAACAAGUAGAGAAUUUAGAAAUUAAGCUUGAACUAGACCAGUGUAAGUUGAUCUUCCAGUUUAAAUGUAAACAUGGGAUAAUCAAAACACAUUAUGUGUCAAUUUUAGACAGUAAAGUAACACAAGCAGUUUACACCAAGGAUUUAGUGCCAAACCGAGUAACAUCAUCACAGAGAAUUCUUACAGAAGCAAUUAGCAACUUCCAAAGUUCAGAUGACCAGGUAACAUUAGAAGCAUUGUCAAAUUCAAUACUAUUAAGAAAUUACAUUGAUGAUAAUAUUGAUUUAUCAAAAAUUAUACGAACACAAAUCAAUAUUAAAGCAGAAGAAUUUGAUAGUUACACUGUAGGUGAAGAGACAGCAGUGACAUUUACUAUGAAAGAAUUCAAAGCAUUAUUAACAUUUGCGGAGGCACUUGGUUUACCUAUUCAAAUACAAUUUGAAACAACUGGUAAACCAAUAGUCUUUAUUGUCCAUAAUGGUACAACAUUAGAAGCACAUUUUGUGUUAGCAACUACCAAGCCAGAUGUGUCCACACAAGCAUCAACAAUACAGAAAAGUUCAAGAGUUGAAAGAAAUAAAAGAAAAGACUCAAAUAAUUUUUCAGAGUCAGCAAGUAAAAAACCACAUUUAGAUGAAGAUAUCUCAAAAUGUCUUGAUGAAGAUUCACAUCUUUUUAACUUUGUAGAUAUUCCUAAUGAUGAAGCUCCUACAAAUAACUGUGAUAAUAGUGUUAAUGUAAACAACAAUUUAGUGGACUUUAAAGAUUGUGAUAAUAUACCAGCCUCACCUACAUCAAAGACAAUGAUAAAAUCACUAUUCAAAAAGUGUUUUGAAAGUACAUUUGAUCCACGAAGCACACAAGAUGUAGUGCUAGCACAGAACUCUGAUAGUGAAUAA